GAGUCCGCCAGAUCAGAUGCAAUAGGGAUGAAGAAGGAUGUUCACUUGGCUGUGAGAGUCGUCAGUUAGCAGUAAAGCCAAGGUUUAACGUCAACUUCAUAAUGGCACACUACAGAGCUUCAGAGUCCAAACGAGAGCAUUUUCGGAGAUACCUGGAGAAGGCUGGUGUCCUUGACAGCCUCACCAGUGUGCUGGUGGCAUUGUAUGAAGAGACGGAGAAACCCAACAAUGCCCUUGAUUUCCUCAAGCAGCACUUGGGUGUGGCUGGCCAGGAGUCUGCAGACACUGAGGCACUCCAGCAGGAGCUGAGAGACAUGAGGCAGAGGUGUGAGCUGCUGGCGGAGGAAAACAAAGACCUCAAGAACAGGCUUCAGCGCUAUGAGCCUACGCAAGAGGAUGGCGCUGCCGAAUAAAAAGUGACUCGGCUUUAUUGAAGUCAUUUUGUUAGAAACUACGAUUUUUUUAUGGCAAGCCAAAACCAACAACGGGAGGCAAGGGAGUUUAUGCACCUCUGUUCUUUUUAUUUUCUUUAUACUAUGUUUAAAUAUUUAACUUAUUUUGUAUAUUUGAUAUAUUGAAAUCUAAUAGCUUUUGUCCCUAAUGAUUGUCUCCUCCCUCUCAUAAAAGCGAACCCCCCUUUUUCUGCUUUCAGUGUACUUCAUCCUACUGCACCCCAAUGCUUUGUCUCUAGUAAACAAACAGUGACAUAA